AUGGCGGACCUUUCGCUCGAGAUGUUCUGGGGCGGCGCCCCAGCACCACUCAACACACCCGACGAAGCACUCGCUCAGCUGCGAGAGAAGGAGUUCACAAAACUCCGCGCCGCCGAGAGCGACUCGGACCGAGAUGAGACACUAACAGAGAUACUGCAGUUAUGGGACCCGGCAACGGGUUAUUACAACCCACAGAAUGGCGAGACAGGCGAGGUCACCGAGGAGCGGCCCAACAAGCGGCGCGUUUUUGGUGGCCUUGCGGCUGUGGCGAAGCGCGUCUCCGCCAACUACGACUCCGACGACGCCCGCAUCAUCGACCUCAAGCAGCAGGGCUAUCCGGAUGAGCAUGUGGCAAGGGUGCUCAUAGACGAGGGUCGCAUGCGAUAUGCCUCGAAGACAGUUGGCAGUCGUUGGCUGCGACUGCGCAAGAUCCUCCAGAAGUACCAGGAUGAGCGACUGGACGAUGAAUUGAGCGAUUGGCACGUCGGCGAGGACGAGAUGCUCAAAAACAUCAAGGAGGAAGUCGACAAGAAAUUCACUGAGCUGAUACAGAAUCUCGAAAAGAAAAAGUGGCAAGACGUAUCGAUCUAUCUCGCCCACAAGACCAAAACUCGCAAAUACACUGCCAAGGCCUGCCGCGAGCGUUUUGACGGACUCAUCGAUGGAUCGGCUUUGAUACCAGUCGAACUCGACGACGACCAAGAAGGCCGCCGCAAGCUGCGUGACGAGCGCAUCGCCGCAGCCAAAGCACGCCGCAUCAUAAUCGAGCAAAAGGAGAAAGCUGUUCAAGCAGCUAAAGUGGCCAGAGCCGAAGAGCGAAAGCAAGAAAAGAUCGACGCGAUCAAACACCGACAAAAGGAAAUUCUCCGCAAGGAAGACGCGCGCAAAGAGAACAGGCGUGUCAGGGAGAAGAAAGAGGGCACUCGCCAGGCGGCACGCGUUACUCACGGAAAGCUGGACAAUGUCAUUCGACGGCAAGAGGUCUGGGAGCAGGAGAAGCUCCGAAUCGAGCUGGAAAUUUACAAGGGGAUCACAGGCAAAGUCCUUGUACGCAAGAUUUACCUCCCCGCACGCUCCUCUGGCAAGAAACGAGGAAGCACGAACGUGGACUGGAUCUCCAGCAACGAGAACAGCGACGAGGACGCCGAUGACGAAGAAUACAUCAAGCGUGCCGAUUCCGUCGCCAGCGAGAGCGGACGUCCCGUCAAGAAGCGCAUCCUGCGAGCCCGACGCGCGAGUUCGAAACCCUCCUCAUUCAUCGAGCCUGACUCCGAGUCCGAUGGCGAAUUCACCGUCAAAGGCACACGCCCAACAGCUAAUCGACCACAGGUCUUCACCAAGGCCACCGUCACGCGCGAGAGCCUGCUCAACCCGCGCACCAUUUGCAGCAACGAGGAACUCGGACAAAUCUUCGUGCGCCGCGACAUUACCCCCGCACGACAAGCUGACGAGAGCCAUGCAGAGGUGGUUGCACGCCUCGCCGAAUUCGACGCAUGGCUGCAUGUCAGUGAGCUGAGGAAAGUAUGCAGGUCCGAGCAUGUGUCUGCGGUUGGCAGGAAGCACGAGCUCCUCGCUCGCCUCGCUGAGCAAGAUGCCGAGAGCAGCUAUGCUCGCACUCAGCACGGCAUGUACAGCACGGACAUUCAUUUCAUGAUGACUUACAACGGUUACGAGGGAGAGAACCAAGUGUAUCUGGACGAGGCAAAGCAGGCAGCACGUGAGCGUGGAGAGACGAUCUUGGAGGACUCCGACGACUACAACGCGGAUGGUGACACCAUGAUGGAUUAG